AUGCCUCCUCCUAGGACAUCUGCCUGCCACUGUCUAGUGACUCCUACCAUCCGGUUAAACUUGCCAUGGACCCCCAACUGCUCCUGCGCCACAGAUGGACCCUGCUCCUGCACCAGCUCCUGCAAGUGCAGAUGCACCUCCUGCAAGGAGAGCUGCUGCUCCUGCUGCCAUGUGGGCUGUGUGAAGUGCAUCAAGGGCUGUGUCUGCAAAGAAGCUUCUGACAAGUGCAGCUGCUGCGCCUGA